AUGCCUGACCUGCCGGGCUGGUUGAGAGUGUGGUAUAGGAGGCCGGGAUGGAGGGAUAUCCGUGAUUACACCCGCAAGCUCAACGACGAGGACAUCCGGCCGAAUCGAAUACGGACCCCGAGCUUGGACAGCCGUCCCUCGACCGCGAUACCAAGCCGGCUUGGCUUGGACAGAGUCCUGGAGAACAAGACAUGCAGUCCCAUGUCUCUUCAUGACUUCUACCUAUACCUCAAACACGUUGAGCACUCCUCAGAGAACCUCGAGUUCUACCUGUGGUUCCAGAAUUAUGAGGCAAACUACCCCAAAUCGAAGGAGGCGCGUGUAGCCGCGGGUCCCCUCAAGGACCUGCCUGCGUUGCCAAACGAGGCCGAUGCAUUGUCGGGGACAACGUACUCGGCACAGUCCAGUGUCGCUGAGAUUGUCGCAGCGAAGCAAUCGAUCAGUUCCUUGUCUGAGAGUAUAGUGAAUGCCGAAGCACCAUGUGCCCGAGCAGUAGCCCAGCCAGAGCCAGGAAAGUGGACGGACAGGAUAUUCCGAUGGUCACCGAUCCCGCGACGGCAACGCCUGGGCAGCCGGGACGUCUGCCGCGACGGGGCCUGCGCGUUCGACGUCGACGAGGAGAAGGGAAACUCAGCCAUGCCCCUGCCCCUCCUCAGCAAAGCCACCAGGGCGCCGUCGACCGAGAACCGGGCCGAGCUCGACGCCGCCAUCGCAACGUACCUGCUCCCGGGCGCGGAGAAGGAGCUCAACAUAUCCUCAGUACUCCGCCACCGGGUACUCAACAACCUGCAGAGCUCGUCGGAUCCCCGCUACAUCAAGCCCGUGGCCGACCACAUUUACGAGGUGAUGAAGAACUGCUCGCACCGGAAUUUCGUCAGCCUCGGCGUGUCAACGGGCACGUACGAGACCAUCUGCGUUGGAAACGUCAUCGGCAUAAUGAACCUCCUGGCCGGCUUCCUCCUCGUGCUGCUGCGUGGCCUGUACCCGCACAUUGGCUCGCACACCCGGUGGGAGGUAUUUUACUCGUUCCCGCUGUGGGCCAUGGGCACGGCGUUGAUACUCGUCGGGACGCAGGGCAUGUGCUUCAUCCUCUUGUCCAUGUCGCGGCGGCAGGCGCUGCCGUGGGAGCGGUUUGAUGACGACGGAAACCCAAAGAGGACCGAGCAGCCUCAGGACGGGGCCAAGGGGUGGUGGAGACGAUACAAGACAUUUAUGAACCGGACGAUGGCUCACGACAAAAACUUCAAGGUGGAGGACAAGAUCCUGCGAAGGCUGCAGAGAGUAAUCCUUAUUCAGUGCUGGUCUGGCGGCCUGGGAGCCGCGUUCUGCGGUGUACUGCUCUUCAUAUUCCUGCCGAUCUGGAAGGAGACGGUUUGA